AGGUAAAAAAAUGUGUAAUGGAUGAAAAAAGUCAUAAUCCAGAAUCUGGAGAUAAUCAGCAGCAGGCAUCUGCACUCCUAAAUCAGGUAGCAGAUGAAAUGUUUGCUGGUGACCAAUACUGUAUACUGUAUACUGUGGAUACAAGCACUCCUCAGCUUCAUGAGGUAAGCAGCCAUGAUGCCUGUUCCAUCAGUAGUUUGGAAAACAGUGAAGAUGACUAUGUCCCUGAGUCUUCAUAUAGUAGCUCAGAUACAAGUGCCUGCAGUCAUACAAUUUCAUGUACUAAAAAGAAAGCUGAAACUAAAAAAAAUCUUUCACUCAGUCCUACUACUGGUCUGUCCAGUGCUAUAGCUGGCAGUGAAGCUGAAGUUGGGCAGUCAAGCUCGGUUUUGGUCAGAGGAAUUUCAAAGACAUCUAAAAAACCAAGAGUGUAUGACAAGAAACAGUACUGUUUGUUUUGCAGCAAACCACUAUCAAAAAUGGCAAGACAUUUAGAGCAGGUUCAUAGCACAGAGUCAGAAGUUGCGAAAGCUUUGAGUUUUCCAAAAGGUUCAAAAGAAAGGAAAAACUUGCUAGAUCACUUAAGGAAUAGAGGGAAUUUUGCUCAUAAUGCAGAGGUUGUACAGUCUGGAAAAGAUGAUCUUGUACCUUGUAAGAAGCCGAGAAAAGAUUGUGACUCCAAAACCUUUGUGCACUGCUCCAACUGUCAAGGACUCUUUGCUAGGAAGUAUCUUUGGUGUCAUAUGAAACGAUGUGAGCUGAGUAAAAAUGUUAAAUCCCAUCCCAAACCAGGAAAGAACAGGGUGCUUUCACAAAAUGCUUACAUGGGACCUGCACCUCCUGGAACUAGUGCUGGCCUGUGGAAACUGUUAAGUAAUAUGACCUAUGACAGUGUGCUGCUUGCUAUUAAUUCGGACUUCUAUAUCAGAAGAUUGGGGGAGUGUUUUUACAACAGAGUAGGCUCAGAUAUCAGCAAGCAUGAAUAUAUUCGACAGAAAAUGAGGGAAGUUGGAAGAUUACUAAUUACAGCGAGGGAAGUUACACCCUUGCGUAAAAUGGAGGAUUUUAUUGACCCAGCUAACUUUAUGUAUGUCAUAACAGCUGUUCGAAAAUCCAGUGGUUAUGAUGAAGAAAAGUGCACAUUUCAACGACCAUCCCUCGCAUUAAAGCUUGGUCAUAGUUUACAGAAGAUUGCUUCUUUGGUUUCAUUUCAAGCAAUGAUGGAUCGAGACAGUGAAAGAGCAGAAAAAGCACGCAACUUUUCAGAAAUGUAUAUGGCAAGAUGGAGCGAGCUGAUAUCAUCACAUGCACUCCGGACUCAGAGAGAAGUUAAGUGGAAUGCUUCACUUGUUCUUCCUUUUACUGAGGAUGUGAAAAUGUUACAUUUGUUUCUUGACCAAAAGCAAGAAGAGUACUUUCAGAGUUUAUCCAAAGAUGCUUCCACCAAGAAUUGGUCACAGCUUGCUAAGAUUGCUCUGGCUCAGACUAUCCUCUUUAAUCGGAGAAGAGAGGGUGAGGUCUCAAAAAUGCCAUUAAAGGCAUUUAUCAGCAGAAAUGCAGAUGACUUGCAUGAGGAUAUUGCUCUUGCACUUUCUGAGCUUGAAAAGAAACUCUGCAAUCAUUUUACCCGAAUUGAAAUUCGUGGAAAGAGAGGACGAAAGGUUCCGGUUCUUUUAACACCUGUAAUGCAAAAAAAUAUGGAGCUUCUUGUAGAGAAAAGAGAAAAUUGUGGUAUUCCAUCCGAAAACAUUUACAUGUUUGCACGUCCCGCAGCAUUGUCUCAUUUUAGGGGAUCAGAUUGCCUUAGAGAAUUUGCAACAGAAUGUGGAGCAAGGAAUCCAAAGGCACUUUCUUCGACUAAGCUGCGUAAACACAUAGCAACAUUGUCCAAUGUUCUGAACCUCAAUAAUACAGAAUUGGACCAGCUAGCUGACUUUUUAGGGCAUGAUGUGCGAGUACACAGGGAAUAUUACAGACUUCCAGAAGGCACUCUACAGCUGGCCAAGAUCAGCAAAAUUUUGAUGGCAUUAGAGACAGGAAGACUUGGGGAGUUCACUGGAAAGAACCUAGAUGACAUUGACAUUGAUCCAAAUGAGGCAGUAUUUGUUCAGAGUUCAGAUUUCUCAAGGGAUUUAUCAGGAACAGAGAAUGAAUCAGAUGAUGAUCUUGGAGCAGACCUACACUUAGAACCAUCCCCAAAGCAAGCCCAUGAAACCUCAGCUGACCAAGCAGCUGAACCAACCAGUUCCACAUCAGUUCCCAAAGCCUGUACCACGCAGCCCACCCCUACCCCCCCGCUCCGACACAGCCCACACCUUCGCCUGCCUCCUGGCCACAGCACGACACCACCGCCCACCCCCUCCAGACCUAUCAAGCGUGCCCACCCUCCGGUGGGUUCCGCCUGUCACGCACACUUCGUUCCCUGCCCCUCCACCUACCUAGACAUGACCACCCCCCACCCCCUCCCGACCUACCCGGUCCCACCCAGUCUACUGCACCCUCUCACCCCGCCGAAUCCACCGACCUGA